UGCCCGCCAUGUUCCUGAGGAGGAGGAGGAGGAGGAGGAGGAGAUACGUGUAGCCUGUUGGCUUUAGCUGGCUUAGCAUUAGCAACACACAGCUAAGAGGCGGAGGAGGCGCAACAAGCAGCUCCUCUGAACGCCCAAAUAACAAGUACCCUUCUCUCUCUGAUUUGUUUCCUCCUUGGAGUAACUGGUUUAUGGGUUUCUUACAUCCCUGGACUAACUGUUGAACCGGACGUUUCCCUAACAGAUGAUGGUGAUGGCGUGGUCAUGUGUGCAGCCAGCACUGUGUGUGUGGAGAUGGUUUUAACAGACGCUGUUCUGGAGGACUCAGGAACACUGCACUGGCCUGGAGAAGCCUCAUAAACAAACACAAACGUACACAACACACACACACAUACAUCUGUACACAAGAAGAUUUACACACGCAUCACGCCACCGCCGUGCCUUGAGAAAGGACACAGGCGCAUGGACACAUAACGCAAGCUUCACCUGAAGCACGCACACUCACAUUUACACCCUCUGUGUGUGUUAGCCUCUUUACCAGAACAUUACUGGAUUCCUAGCACCUCUCCUCUGUGAGAGUGUACAUUUUAUUUCCUUCCCCCGUCUGUCCCAUCUCCACCGCCGCCAUGCCGAGCUCCACCAUCCGUCGGCAGAUGAAGAACAUGGUGAACAACUACUCUGACGCCGAGAAGAAAGUCAGAGAGGCCACCUCCAACGACCCCUGGGGCCCGUCGUCUUCGCUCAUGUCCGAGAUCGCCGACCUCACCUACAACGUGGUCGCCUUCAGCGAGAUCAUGAGCAUGAUCUGGAAACGGCUCAACGACCACGGCAAGAACUGGCGCCACGUCUACAAGGCGCUCACCCUGCUCGACUACCUGAUCAAGACGGGCUCGGAGCGAGUGGCGCUGCAGUGCAAAGAGAACAUCUUUGCCAUCCAGACUCUGAAGGACUUCCAGUACAUCGACAGAGACGGCAAAGACCAGGGCAUCAACGUCAGGGAGAAGAGCAAGCAGCUAGUGGUCCUACUGAAAGACGAGGAACGCCUCAAAGGAGAGAGGUCUCAGGCUCUGAAGACCAAAGAGCGUAUGGCCCAGGUGUCCACAGGGAGCAGUCAGAUGGGUUUUGGUCGAGGCUCGUCUCAGCCCAACCUCUCCACUUCCUACAGCGAAGAGUACAAUAGGUCAGAGGGCUCACCUGCCUCCUACCACGGCUCCACGUCUCCCAACGCGGGUUCAGAACUGGAGCAGGCCAGACCUCAAACCAGCGGCGAGGAGGAGCUCCAGUUUCAACUGGCUCUGGCCAUGAGCAGAGAGGCUGCGGAGCAGGAGGAUCGCAUACGCCGAGGGGAUGACCUGAGACUACAGAUGGCCUUGGAGGAGAGUAAGAAAGGAGGUCCAGAAUCAGCAAAACUGGCCAAGAAGAAGAGAGAGCCACAGUCAUCUUUGUUGGAUCUGAUGGUUGUCCCUGAGCCUGGUGCCUCCGCUGACCCCUGGGGCGCCGGGGCCGUAGCCGGAGCCGUGGCUGGGGCAGCUGCUGCAUCAGAAGACCCCUGGCAGUCUUAUGGGUCUGCACCUAAGCCAGCAGCCCCAGUGGACCCAUGGGGUGUUACUCCUUCUGUCCCACCCAUGAAGAGCAGCGAUCCCUGGGCAUCAAACUCCACUCCUUCCGCUGACCCUUGGAGCUCCGCAGCUACCCGCCCCAAGACUUCCAACACAGGUAACUUUGACCUGUUCAAUGCAUCCAACGGUACGUCUAAAGAGGACUUCUCAGAGUUUGACAGCCUGCGCUCUUCCUCCUCUGUCCCCACUGGCGACAUGGGCAUAGCAUCCUCUAUCCCCUCCCAUUCCAGCCUCGCUAGCAGCGGCAGCAUGGACCUCUUCGACCCCCUGCCCACCUCCAUGUCCAUGUCCUCCGGGAACCCAACUAGAAAGACUCCGGAGUCCUUCCUGGGUCCCAACGCCGCCCUGGUUAACCUGGACUCUCUGGUGACCAAACCAGCCCAGCCUGCGCCAGUCGUCAACCCGUUCUUAGCUUCAACAGGCGGCUCUGCUCCAGGUCUAGGUGCAGCAGCAGCAGCAGCAGCAGCAGCAGCAGCAGCCCAUGCCAACCCCUUCCAAGUGAGCCAGCCAGUCCCCCCCACCCUCAACCAGAUGCGGGUCAGCCCCAUGCCCGCCGGCUUCGGCAUGGUCGAGCCCAUGGCCAUCUCCUCCGGGCUCGUUCAGCCCAACCCCAUGGCGGGCAUGGCCCCCAUGUCCCGCGGGAUGGGGGGAAUGGGGAACACGGGGAUCCCGUCCUCCAUGUCCAUGCCCCAGCCGCUGAUGAGCAUGCCGCCCCAGGCCGGGUCGCAGCCCGCCGGAACCACCAACCCCUUCCUUUUGUGAGGGGGACAAGUAACCCUUCCUCUCUGCCUCCCUCCCUCCCUCUCUUUCUCUCUCUCUCUUCCACUUUGGCUCCUUAAGAAGCUUCAGAAUGAACAAGGAGAUGUCUUAUCCCAUUUAUCCCUUUAUAACCAGCUCCCUAGCCAGGUCGUAGUCCCAGCCCUGGCCUCCUUCCCACCUUAACACACUCCUUUACUCCUCCCUCCUAUGUCUCUUUUGUCUCAAUGCUACAAGCUGCCUAGUCCUGUGUGUUCCAUACUGAUCCCACGACGAUGAUGUUGAUGACCACGAAAGAGUUUUGCAUCUGUCUACAGACUUUACAGAGUAGCAGCGGUGUUUACAGUUUUUUCCACAGAGGCAAGGACAGUCUCUUCUCCUCUGUCCUCCUCCUCAUUCACUCGCCUCCUCUCCCUUGUUCCCCUUAGGACUGCUCUUUUUCUUCUUCUUCUGUGGUGGAGUGACAGGAGAGUCUGACCAUACUAACGCCAGGAUCUUAUCUCUUCACUAGAGCUAAUCUUUUAUAAGCCCUGUCAGCCGGUGUGUGUGUGUGUGUAUGUGUGUGAGCGUGAGCGUGAGCGUGUGUGUGUUUGAGCUUGAGUGCACAUCUCAGUACUUUUACACUGUGUAUAUUCCAGUGGGUUUUACUUAUACACACUGGAGUACGGAUGAGAGAUGGUCAGAUGUGUUUAUACUCUUGCGUGUGUGUGUGUGUGUGUUACUAAGCAGGGAUUUUGCACAAUUUUUUGUCUUUUUUUUUUUUUUUUUCUGUCUGCGACUGUUGGGCUCACCGUUACACCUUAGCUAAGGGAGGGAGGCUAGCCGCCGCCGCCGACACACACUGCCUCGGCUUUUCGGUACCACUCAGUCACAACUCUUCGUCUGGUCACUUCCCGUCAACUUGGACCUUUUUUCUCCCCCCGACCCUCCACGUGAACUUUGACCUCCAGGGGUCAUGGGAUUAACAAUGAACACUUAUCAAACGGGGGCGAACCCCUUGUCCUAGAGGAGUUGAAAAGAUGCGUAAACGCAAUUUUUUUUUUUUUGUCUGUAAGUGUGUGUGCUCACGCGCAGGUGUACUAACAGCCACAUGUUGAUGUAUUUGUCACUAAGCCCCCCCCACCCUCCUCCAGUGUGUGUUUAGAGAGAAAAAGACGUGUGUGAUGGCUUCAGUAUUUUGCUAUCUGAACAUAUGGAUGCAGCGAGGCAUCAUGGGACAGUUUUCUUUUUUAGUUUGUUUCUAGGGUCAAAGGGAAGAGGUUGUGUGUGUGUGUGCGCGCGUGUGUGUGCGUGUGUGUGUGUGUGUGUGUGUGUGUGUGUGUGUGUGUGCUCGCGCAGUUUGCAUGAGAGAUAGCUUCCAAGUGUACUUUAAUGAGCAAGUUUUUUUUUUUUCAUUUCUCACUCAGUAAAGUGGAAACUGGUUUAGAUAUAGUUAGUUUCUGAAGUCAAAACGGGGGGGUAGGGGGGGAUAAUGUAGGCAUCUGCAGCCCUGAAGUGUCUGUUUGCAUGUGUUUGUAUGUGUGCAAACCACAUAUCAAGGAGUGUUACUAUGGCGACAGGGUUGCGAAGAAAAAAAAGCUCUGGAUUUAAAGAGCACGUCAGCCACUCGAGAAAAAGACCUCCGAGUGGAUUUACCGCGGCUAAUCUAUCCGCAAGAACAUUACCUGGUUGAUAAACACACACACACACACACACACACACACACACUCUUACACACACACUCACACAGGGUUGCUCCAGGAUCGGUCUAUUGAUAUAUAGCACAGGGAAUCCCGCAGCAAACAACAAGCGAGACAUGUCAUGUAAACAAACAGUUGUUAAGUUUUGUUUUAUUUUUGUUGUUAUUUGACUCGUUUAGAUGUAAAUCCAUAGCCAAGCCUUUUCAGAGUUUCGGAGCUGUGUACUAGCUAAGCCAUGUAUCAUCUUCAUUCUCUUCUUCUUUUUUGUCUAUUUUCUGUCAUUGUAGUUUUUUUUUUUUUCACCCUAUGGGUAGGCUAUGUAAUUCUCUUCUCUUAGAAGCACAACUGUUACCAAAGUCAUAGCGACUGUGAUUUCUGAGGGUGUCGUACUUUCUUUGAGUAGUUUUGAACAGUAGGGUCACACUUCACUGACUUUUUUUUUUUUUUUUUUUCUGUUUAUGGAUCCAUUGUUAUCAUUUUUUUUUUAUAUUUCAGAGCUAUUUUUCAGUUUGUUCAGGAGUUUGUGUAAGAAAGUGUUACUGUUGGCUGAAUAUCGGCACAUUUACUGACAGCAAGCUGAGCGUCUCGGUCUCUUCUAUUGGUUGGAAAAAAAAAAAAGAAGUGGGUUGAUGAAAUACAGCUGAUGUAUUGCGCCCCCGGUGUAUAGACCCUUCUUCUUCUCUUUUAGUUCUGUUGAUAUCACUGCCAACGUUAUUACUGUGGAAGGGGUGUUUCUUUUUUUUUCUUUUGGUGUGAGUUGGCGCCCUCUCCUGGUCUGCUGUGGUAUGAUAGCGACACCGCAGGACACUGGUAUUUCCACUAAACACAGACCUUCAUUUCUCUCAGGCAAAAGGAGGGGCAGCUCCAACCAUGUAUGAUUUUGAUGAUGAUGAGGGUGGUGAUGAUGACUUUUAUGCUUGGGGUCCUGAAUGAAUGGAUGUGACACUUAACUUGCAGACCAGCAAACAUUUUUAAUCUCAACUAAAUAUAUGCAAAAAUUUGGAAGUUGGAAAAGUAAAAAAAAAAAAAAAAAGAUAAGAAGACUUGAUGUGUUUUUGCAAAGUUAGAUUUGCUAAUAAAAAAAGUCUUGUUUAUUGAAAUGCUACUAUGAUAUUCUAGCUAAGACGUGUCACUUUCUCACUGGCCUUGAUUUCACUGCGGCCUGACCUUCAACUUCACUCCAGCGAUUGUGAAAAAUGUUGUUAUGGAUGCAUUGAAAAAAAACAAACAAAAAAAAAUACUGUCUUGAGCAAAAAUUCAGCACUCCCAAACAGUCCGAUGUCACUGCAGUUGAUGACUUGUUCUUGAUCCCUGGCAGCAGUUUCACAGUCGCGGCUACGGUGCAGUGAAAAUGUGGCCUGUGUGUAGCGAGCUCCUCUGCGUGUUACUAUGUAUUCACUAUGCUUUUAUCAAGAGGACUAACUGACCUGUCUUUAUAUGCAUAAACAGCCUCCUUUAAUCUUUUCCACGUCUGUCUAUUUACCCUUCUCAUAGUACUGGGAGCAGGCUGCUUUUUUUAUUGGAUACGUGCUCAACCUGUUGGCAUUAUAACUGUAUAAUAUAAUUUAUCAUUUGUACUAUUGUAACAUACUGUUCCUCUGUAUACCUUAUUAUUCUGUGUAAUGGGUUUUUGUAGGAAAAGUCACCGUGGUAUUUUAACGGCAUCUAAACAAAACAAAACGAACGCAGCAGGCCGCACCCUGUUGGAUGAGGACAACUGUAGCUGCAUCGGUUCAAAAUAAAAUGUGUAUCACUUCAGCUCUG